AUGGCAACCCCUAUUCAGGAUAUCCUCAACUUAAUCACUCUUCACUAUGGAGGACCAGGCGGUGCUGCUGCUGUUAUUAAAGAUGGUGAGCUCAUCGCACAGCGCGUCUGGGGACACGCAGAUAUGGACCAGCGCAUUGCCAUGACGCCAGAGAUUCAGAUGCCAAUUUGCUCAAUCACUAAGCAGUUCAUGUGUGCAUUGCUGCAGGAUCUAAAACGCAAUCCAACUGCAGCAAUGACUGCUAAGGGAAACACUGAGGAACAGUUCACAGAGAGCUUCAACGCGGUACUAGACCCACAGCUCACCAGGGACACGGGAUUGACUCUCGACAAUCUAUGUGACAUGCAGUCAGGUCUACGUGACUAUUGGGCUAUGACCACAUUAUGGGGUGCGAAGCCAGAUGAUGAGUUUUUGGUGCAUCGAGACAUUCGUCCAAUGCUGGAACGGACCAAAUCCUUCCACUUCGAGCCUGGAACAGAGUAUUCCUACUCUAAUGUCAACUUUACAGCUCUCGGGCGGAUUAUUGAACGAGUGACUGGAGAGACACUGGGAAAGCUACUGAGCGAACGAGUUCUCGACCCCGCUGGAAUGACCACGGCACUUUUGUGUCCCAACAAUGCCGAACUCCCUCCACCGUGUGUUGGCUAUGAAGGAAAUGAUCAAGUUGGAUAUUUCCAAGCAUUAAAUCGAAUGGAGUGGUCUGGUGACGCCGGCCUGGUGGCUUCACUCACUGACAUGAUCUCUUACGAGAAGUACCUGGACAGCCUGAUUUACGACCCUCAAAGCUGGUAUCACAGUGUCGCAAAACCACAUACCUACAAUGAUGGUACACCUGCCAACUAUCACUACGGGCUGAGUCGUGUCGAUAUUGACGAUGUUAAAACACUCGGCCAUGGUGGUGCGCUACGUGGUUACCGCAUUCACCGACGCCAUGCCCCAGGAGAGCGACUGUCAGUUGUUGUCUUCUUCAACCAUGAGGCAGAUGCAUCCGCAGCUGUUGAAGAUAUUUUACGGGCUAUUUUGAAAAAGCCAAAUCCUGAAUUCCCCCCUGUCGAGCCAAGCCCUUCAUGGGUUGGGAUUUUCCUUGACCAAGAAACACAAUUGGCGAUCACUGUUAGCAAAGGAGCUCGCAUGGGUGACAUUCUUAUUUCAUACUCUGGUGGCCCUGAGACUAUCAAACUGACGGAUCCCAACAAUGGUAAAUCCAGAUCCAUGGUGGCAACCGUCGCAGGAGAUGUCCUCCUCGUCCAUCGAAUUUCCGAGAACCGGAUCCUUGAAGCCAGGCGACUUCAGCCCAGCAAAUCUAGCAUUAAAGAUACCGUUCUGCAGGGAAAAUACCACUCUGCUGAAGUUGAUUCUAUUUUCCAUUGCACUGGCGAAGCUGGAAUACUAUAUGGUUUCUUUGAUGGUUAUCUAGGUCAGGGACAUGCAGCCCCAAUACGAUACCUUGGGGAUGAUGUCUGGGCUCUGAAAUGUCCACGUGGCUUAGAUGCCCCAGCACCUGGUGACUGGACAAUGGUACUGAAGCGUGACGAUAAAGGUGCUGUUGUAAGCUUUGUCAUUGGAUGUUGGCUUGCAAGAGGAGUGGAGUUUUUCAGAAUCUGA